AUGGCGCCGCUGCAGGCUGGCAUCGUGCAGAGCUAUGUGUUGGCUUUGGAUCGAGGAUGGAAGUUUGCGGUGAUUAUUAUCUGGAUCCUCCUCGCCGGCCUGUCAUGCUGGCAAGGGCUGGAUUUCCUCGACUUGACAAAUGAUGAUGGCGGAACCAUUCCAUCGCAUUAUCCCUCGGUGAAGGCUGGGGAGAUGCUGUCCAACCUCAGCAAUCCUCUCGGGGGCACGGACGUGUUUGCACUGCGCAUCCGCCUGCCCAGUGAUACCUCGAUCGAAGAGCAGACCGAGUCUUUUGAUGCCUUUUGCGACGGGCUUCUCGACGCCGUCUUAAACAUGAGCGCUGUGAGCGACAUCAUCAGCUUUGAGUCGUAUCAAUGGUAUACAGUCUUUAUUGGCUACUACACGGAUGAUCAACCCACUUCAUCGACUUCUUCAACCUCCACGGCAGCCACUGUCACUCACACAACAGCGCCACCAUCGUCCACGGAAGGCUCCACCACCCGAUCCGUGACAUCGACUACUCCACAGGCCAGCACGACAUCCGCCACAUCGUCUACCACAAAGGACAGUACGACCCACGCAACUGUAAAUGCUAGCACGACAUCCACCGCAUCAUCUACCGUGUCAUCUAGCACAGCAUCUAGCACCACUUCCACCGCAUCAUCUGCCGCAAGUACAACUUCAACGUCCAUCGUGACAACGACGACAACCCAACCCACAACGCUGUCCACCAGCCCUGCGCCUGUCAUGUCCACGUCCCCAAGUACCACAACCUUGUCUUCUACUCUUUCUUCCAUGUCGACGUCACAGGCGUCCUCAAGCUCGACAGAGCCAAGCGCCACUACGACAUUAAACUUGCAGGCCCACCCACAGCGCCAGCGCCGUGCUGCGCAGCCUGAUGUGUUCCGCUAUUUCGAUCGCAUUCCCAAUCGCCGACCCGACCUCCGGGGUUCGGACAAUCAGACCAUGGUUAUCCUCUUUCGCUUUACCGACGGCUGGAGCGAUAGCGACUUUGCAGCUUACAGCCUCAUUGAAAAGUCUGCACAACGCCUCAUUCAGACGCACUUGCCGCCCGGCACUUCACUCGUUGUUACGGGGGAUGAUGCACUCUGGAACACGGUCGUCGAUGGCCUUGAAGCCGAUUUGCUCCUGGGCGAUAGCAUAUCCAUCCCUUUGGCCCUGCUGGUGCUAUGCCUGACGCUCCGCUCCUUUCGCUUCGUGGUGGUGCCCAUUGUCAGCGUGGCACUCUCUGUGAUUUUCUCCUUUUUGCUCAUGGUGCCCGUGGCCAAGGCUACCAGCGUCUCAACGGUUGCCCCCAACCUCAUGAUGAGCCUCACUAUUGCCAUGAGCGUUGACUACAGUCUUUUCAUUUUAUCCCGCUUUCGAGAAGAGCUUCGCAAAGGUCAACGCAUGGAGGAGGCUUUGACCACCGUGCUGCGCACGGCGGGGCACACAAUUCUGGUGUCGGGCAUCACCUUGAUUCUGAGUUGCAUGGGUCUCGUCAUUCUACCCUUGGACCUGCUCAAAUCGAUGGGCUAUGGGUCAGGGGUCGCCGUGAGUGUGACGAUUCUAGAGAAUCUGACGCUUACACCAGCCCUUAUUCUCACGUUUAAGCGCUUCUUCAUCAACUCGGCCAAAACAAAAUGCUGCGGGGGACCGCUGCACGAGGACGUUGUUGCGCACGAAUACAUCCAGAUUCGCCGUCAUAGCCGCUCAACGCCCAUUCAAUAUAUGCUAGGACAUCAAUACGCUCAGCUCAGCAACCGAGCUGCUUCGCUCAAUGCAAACAUGACCGGUCCCGCCAAUGACGAGGACGAAGAUGAUGAUGAUGACAUCUUGGACCCCAGCGCGUUGGAUGAGUUUCCCUACGACGACCAGCUGGAGCGAGAACUCGAAGCUGAGAGCAUUCAACGAGCGCGUAGCUCGGCUUGGUUCAAGAUUGGUGACUGGAUCACUUCACGGCCGUGGAUUUCCAUUCUUAGCGUUUUUGCCCUCGCUGCUGCCUGUGCCUACCCGGCGCUUUCGUUUCAUCGCAUUGACGGAGUCCGCUGCGAAUGCCCCUAUAACAGUCACUACGUGCGAGGGAUGGUUUUUCCAUACGCCCUUGUGGUUGCGGCCAAAGAACGCAAUGUGGUGCCAUGGGACCCGGCACUGAUUGACGACGUUGACAUUCUCAUGGCAGCGCUCGACAACUUGACGGGAAGUUCACAACGCCAAGCCUUUGGUUUUGCAUGGAGUGGCGACAUUGAUCCGCCUGCGUUGCAACAGCCCGAGUGCUUUGAUCCAUUGCCCGACGUUCAGCAGUCGCCGUGCGAGAUGAUGCGAACCUUGAAUGCAGAAGUGCUUGCGUUGCCUGCGGUCAAAGCAUGCAUUCCCGUGUGUACCCAGGCUCUGCUCUACAACUCGCUCAAUCCCAGCGAACCCAAGACUGGCUACGCCAAGCACGCCAAGUAUGUUUUGACCGAGCACACGGCGAACUCUGACUUUGAGUACUUCUUGGCUCGCGGCGACAACGGCGAUGGGGACGCCAUGGACUUCUUAUAUGCCAAGUUUGGCGUGAUGAUGAUUGUAAUUGCUUCGAUGGUCUUUCUGCUGAUGCUGGCGGCGUUUCGCAGCGUGCCCAUUGCGCUCAAGGCCGUCGUGUCGAUUGCUUUGACACAAUUUGUGGUGUACGGGGUGGCCACUUGUGUCUACGAGUAUGGGGCUUUGCAUUGGACCGGCUUUCAUGGAUUCCAAAAACUCGGGGGCCUGUGCUGGGUCCCGCCUGUCCUCUGUUUCUGCGUCAUGGUGGGGUUGGGAUUGGACUACCAUGUCUUCCUCUUGUCACGCAUCAUCGAGUUUCGUCGCAUGGGGUUUGGUGAUCGCGAGAGCGUUCUUUUGGGCUUGGCUCGCACGGGGCGGGUGAUCACGGCAGCUGGCGUCAUCAUGGCCAUUGCCUUUGUGGGCCUGCUGUUUGCCCACGAAGCACUUUUGGUGCAGAUAUCCUUCUACAUUGUGAUUGCGGUUUUGAUUGACACCUUCGUGGUGCGGGCCUGUUUGGUCCCCAGCUUGAUGGUCGUCUUGGGUCGCGUCAACUGGUGGCCCGCAACCAUGCCCCCUGUGUCACGAGGGGAUGAGAUGGACGUGUCGUUUGUAUGUGUGUGCGAUCAACAUUACGGGCAAGCGUCAACCCUUUGCCAAAUUCGAUCCCUUGCGAACGUGACGUUCGAGACACACACACAAAAGAAAUUGUGCACGGAGCCCUCAAACUCCGAGCUCCGAAUCGGAGUUGACAUGCUCUCUCUCUCUCUACACAACACACACACACACACACACACUCUCUCUCUCUCUCUCUUUGAAAUUUCUCGCUGCUGCUCUUGUGGCGCUGGUGGUCGCCUCCGUGCGCACGCGAUCGCGGCGGUGCCGACCAUUUUCUUGGUCGGUCUAGGUGGAACACAGAUUCCCCGUUUAAUCCGAGCUCGUGUAAAAAAUGCGGAAACAAUUUUACACAUUGGCACGAGCUUUGCUGCCGGCGUCUUUCUCUCCGCUGGAUUCAUGCACCUGCUUCCGGAUGCCAUUGCCGACUCAGACCAGAUCGACGACAAAUUUCCAUUCGCGUACCUUGCUGUGCUGUGUGGUUUUAGCUUGGUUUUCUUAUUGGACCUCAUCGCCUACGUUGCGCAACGGCACCACCUGACGGAGCAGCAUGAGCGCUCCAUCUUGGUUGCUGAGAUCAACAGCAACAAACCUUUGCAACGCGCCCAGCCUCCUGUUGACACGUCCUUUGAGCUUGGAUCAGCCAUUCCUACACAUGGUUCUCCAAUCACUAGUGAUACAGAGAGCGACCAUGAGCUGUCAUCGUCCGUCUUCGCCUACGACUCGUUCCAGGGUUGGCAGCAUAUGCCCUGGCACCUGUAUGUGGCUGCUUUUUCCUCAUCAACGCCCGUGGGCAUCCUGAUUGGCAUGUUUGCUGGCUUUAAUUCGCCGACGCAGUUGAGCAUCCUCAAAGCCAUUGCCUCUGGUACCUUUAUUUUUAUUGGUGGGAACCACUUGGCUGUCGAGAUGAAAUCGGUGACCAUGCUGCCGGCUUUGGUUCAAAACUGCCUCGGCUUUCUUCUUGGCCUGUCCAUCAUGACCAUGCUGGCCAUUUGGGUCUAACGUAUCGGGCUCCGUCGUGUCAGCGAGAGUCUACCCAUGUUUGUCAUGAACACUAGAAAUGUCAAGUCUGCACGAGACAUGGGCGUUUGGACUUUGAGAGUUUUUGCAUGCACGUUUCCCCUCCCCGACCCGAUUGCAGAGCAGCAACGGCCAUGACGACACCGGUGCUGCGUGUUAGACAAGGAGCCCGCCCUCUCCGAUAUUGAAUUGACCAGGCUUCUUGCC